GUUCAGUGUGGUGACUUUCCUCAUCUGUUGGUGUAUGGACCAUCAGGAGCUGGAAAAAAGACAAGAAUAAUGUGUUUAUUAAGGGAAUUAUAUGGUGCAGGAGUGGAAAAACUGAGGAUUGAGCAUCAGAGUAUAACGGCACCUUCUAAAAAGAAAAUUGAAAUUAGCACCAUUGCAAGUAAUUAUCACCUUGAAGUUAACCCAAGUGAUGCAGGAAACAAUGACCGUGUAGUAAUUCAGGAACUCUUGAAGACAGUAGCACAAUCCCAACAGCUUGAGACAAGUACUCAACGAGAUUUUAAAGUGGUGCUGUUAACAGAAGUUGACAAACUCACUAAAGAUGCUCAGCAUGCUUUGCGGAGAACAAUGGAGAAGUACAUGGCGACCUGCAGGUUGAUCCUGUGCUGCAACUCCAUGUCAAAAAUUAUAGGACCUAUUCAAAGCAGAUGCCUGGCUGUACGAGUGCCUGCUCCCAGCAUUGAAGAUAUCUGCCAUGUCCUGUCCAGUGUGUGUAAGAAAGAAGGCCUGACUCUUCCCCAGGAACUGGCUCAAAGGCUUGCAGAGAAAUCUGGCAGGAAUCUUCGGAAAGCACUACUUAUGUGUGAGUCCUGCAGAGUACAACAGUAUCCUUUUACUGCUGAUCAAGACAUUCCUGAGAUGGACUGGGAAGUUUAUUUGAGAGAAACUGCAAAUGCUAUUGUCAGUCAACAGACACCACAAAGGCUUUUAGAGGUCCGUGGACGGCUUUAUGAACUCCUGACACACUGCAUUCCUCCUGAGAUUAUAAUGAAGGGCCUCCUGACAGAACUUCUAAAUAACUGUGAUGGACAACUGAAAGGAGAAGUUGCACAGAUGGCUGCCUUCUAUGAACACCGCCUGCAAUUGGGCAGCAAAGCUAUUUAUCAUCUGGAAGCAUUUGUAGCAAAGUUUAUGGCAAUUUACAAGAAGUUUAUGGAGGAUGGACUAGAUGACAUGAUGUUCUAACUCUGAUGCCCCAAGUCAUACACAGAAUGUUGUGUCAUGAUGCCAGUAAUGUUGUAAAUAUUGUCUACUUGUCCAUGCUUGACUGCAUGUGGGUCUAGUUCAAAGUCAAAUAUUUUACUUUGCUAUUAAUAUAAAACACAGUGAACUAAAGAACAAUGUUUGUUCAGGUUUAGAAACCAGAUGGAUUGUUUGACAGCCACAAAUCCAUCUUUAGAUCCAUAGAAAAUACAUUAGACUU